AUGAACAAUCUCACAAUUAUCUUGGGAUUAGCAUUGAUUGCCUUCGCUGCAGCUCAUGGUGGAGAGAGCUAUGUGAAAAGAUCAGAUCAUCAUGGAUAUCAUUCAGUUGUGAGUCACCAUGGUGGACAUGGAGGUGACGAUGGCGGUCAUGGAGGCCAUGGUGGACAUGAUGGAGGUCAUGAUGGAGGUCAUCAUGAUUAUUACCAUCACCCAUCAUACAAAUUCGAAUAUGGAGUGAAAGAUCCACACACCAAGGACCACCCGUCGGUUACCCUCGUGUCUCUACCACUACAGCAGUUCCCACUUAUCACUUUGGAUGAAGCUGAUGGCACCAAACGUGUUGUCAAAUACACUUCAGAUAAGAAAUCUGGUUUCAAUGCUGUCGUUGAGAAAAUUGGACACGCUCAGCAUCCAGCACACUAUGGACAUCAAGAACAUCAUGGACAUUACUAA